AUGAAGAAGCCUUACAGUCGACCACAAACAUCUCAGGGUCCUACUUGCUAUCAGUGUGGCGGACACCAUUUAAAGAGAAAUUGUCGGCAACUGACAAGGGGUGUAGGGGGAUCAGGUGACCGUCGCAAGUGUUUCAUAUGCGACAAAUCGGGACACUUUACCAAUAAUUGCCCAGAAAAGAAGAAUUUGGGUGUGAAGAAGCCAGCAGCAUCGCUAGCAAAAAGAGCUAGAGCGGCUGGCAGGGUCUUUGCCUUGACCUCCACAGAGGCUACUAAAUCAGGUAACAUUAUCCUCAAGCCAUGUUUAUUGUUGGGUCAGUUAGUAUUAGUGUUGUUCGAUUCUGGAGCAACACAUUCUUUCAUUGCUAAUGUGUGUGUGGGGAGAUUGAAUUUGGUGAAAUGCGAUUUGGGUUGUGAGUUGCUUGUUUCAACUCCCUCCUCGGGUCAAGUAGCUAAUAGUUCAGUCUGCUUUGGGUGUUCAAUGGAAGUGGCAGGUCACAGAUUCAAGGUGAACUUGGUUUUGGUAUUCCCAGAACACGGGGGAUUGGAGUUAAUCUCAACUCAAAGAGCGAUAAAUGAAGUGGAAGCUGCAGCCACCUGUUUUAUGAUAGUGGCUCAUAUAGAGAAGAAUAGCACCGCAGAGAAAAUCAGUAUGAUUCCAGUAGUGGGAGAGUAUGCAGAUGUCUUCCCUGAUGAAAUUCCAAAAUUGCCACCUAGUAGGGAUGUGGAUUUCACCAUUCGAAUUUAG